UCUUCCUGGUCGUAGCACAGUUUGAAUCGUUAGCUAGUAGCAGCGUUUUUAUAUGUUCCCUUUUUUCUUAAAGUUAUAACGCCUAUGACAGUUUUGUCGGGUUAUUAAACUACCUGAGCACUAUGUCAGGAGACCGUGCGGGAGGAAAAAUAAUUACUUCUCUUGAACAAAGUUGAUAGAAAAGCGCACUGCGUGACAACUGCAUGACAUACGACCCCCACUUAUAUACUAUCAGGACUCUGGGGGCCCUCACUGAAUUAAGCCAGGUGACGCUCCUAUUCACACACUUUUGUUGUCGCAGAGACUGUGUUGUUAAUGAAGCACUUAAACUGCAAUAUACAUCUUUAUUACACCUUGAUAAAAUAGGGCUAUUAGCAACACACAGGACUUAUAAAUUGUUCGUACUUUUUCCAAUGAGAAUUGUUGCAAAAUAUUCUGUAUAGCUAAAACUGACUAUGAUGCUGCCUACAUUUGGAUGCCUAGCUCUGUAGUAAUGGGAUUUGUUAGAGACUCCUGUGGUUUGGUGGCAGUGGAACAUGGUACAAAUGACCACAAAAUAUGAGUAUUGCCUUAUUGAUGAAUAGGGUAAAUGCUCUUUAAAUCUAGAGCUUAUGUAUACUCAUGAGCCUCUUGUUUACCUUAAAACUGUAACCGUAAGAAUGUAUACACUUUGGUCUGCCAGAAUUGGAUUUGUAGACUGUUUACAUUACAGUGAUUCUCAGCCAGUGUGUUUGAGACGCACUACUAAGAAUAAGGUUGGAGGAAAAACAUUUGUAAAAUGAAGUAAUGUUUAUGAUGGAUCAUGACGCUCCUACAAUCAGACCUCGAAGAAUUCAGAACCAAAAUGUUAUCCACAGACUUGAACGACGAAAGAUCUUUUCUGGGAAGCCUGGAUCCCAUUGGCAUCAAGUUCGUAUUUUCCAUCAGAAUGUCUUUCCUAAUUUCACAGUGGUUAAUGUGGAAAAGCCACCUUGCUUCUUACGGAAAUUCUCACCAGAUGGAAGAUAUUUUAUAGCAUUUUCCUCAGACCAAACCUCUUUGGAAAUCUAUGAAUAUCAAGGUUGUCAGGCCGCUGAGGAUCUCUUGCAUGGCUAUGAAGGAGAAAUCUUGUCUAGCUCAAAUGAUCAGCGGUCUGUGAAUAUUCGUGGACGGCUCUUUGAGCGUUUCUUUGCACUGCUCCACAUCACCAAUGUGGCUUCCAAUGGAGAACACUUAAAUCGCGAGUGCAGUUUAUUUACAGAUGACUGUCGUUAUGUUAUUGUUGGCUCUGCUGUAUAUAUUCCUGAGGAACCUUAUCCACCUUUUUAUGAAAUCUACCGUAAUAGUGAGUCUGUAACUCCAAACCCAAGAUCCCCUCUGGAAGAUUACUCUUUGCACAUCAUUGACCUUCAUACUGGCAAACUCUGUGACUCAAGGACCUUUAAAUGUGACAAAAUUAUACUCUCUCACAACCAAGGACUUUACUUAUACAAAAAUAUUCUGGCAAUUCUGUCUGUACAGCAACAAACUAUUCAUGUUUUUCAAGUAACUCCAGAAGGUACUUUUAUUGAUGUUCGGACAAUUGGUAGAUUCUGUUAUGAAGACGAUCUCUUAAUAUUAUCAGCUGUUUACCCUGAAGUACAACGAGAAACUCAAACAGGAAUGGCAAAUUUAUACAAAGAACCUUUCAUAAACUCUCUGAAGCACAGGCUGCUGGUAUAUUUAUGGAGAAGAGCAGAGUGGGAUGGAAGUGCUAUAGCAAAAAGACGUUUCUUCCAAUAUUUUGACCAGCUCAGACAGUUGCGAAUGUGGAAAAUGCAGCUUUUGGAUGAAAAUCAUCUUUUUAUUAAGUACACUAGCGAGGAUGUGGUUACUCUCCGAGUCAACGAUCCAUCACAGGUACAGGUAUAUAGAAAUUAUAUAUAUAUUUCUCUAAAUUUGUGUUCUUACAAUUUGUGUCUCUUUUAAUUGGUUAUUUAUUUUAAGUGAUUAAUUUAUAUACUAGAUUGGUUUUUCUAGCUAAUAUUUAAAGGGACAGGAAACCCCAAAAUUUUCUUUCACAAUUCGGGUGGAACAUACAAUUUCAAAUAACUUUCUAAUUUCCAUCUAUUAUCACAUUUGCUUCAUUCUCUUGUUAUCCAUUGCUGAAGAAACAGCAUUGCAUUCCUGGCAGCUAGCUGAACACAUCUAGUUGUCCAAUCACACGAGACAAAUGUGUACAGGCACCAAUAAGCAGCUAAGUCCCACUAGUGUAGGAUAUGUGUGUAUUCUUUUUCAACAAAGCACAUUUGAAAAUAGAAGUGCAUUUAAAAGUGUCCUAAAAUAACAUUCUCUAUUUGAAUCAUGCAAGUUUUAAUUUUGACUUUCCUAUCCCUUUUAAAGCACUUUUAAAUUAAUACAUGUUAAAAUAAUCUGUUCUUACUUUGUGCUGAAGUGUGUGACAUACAAAACUAACAUACAGUGAACUUGAUCAGUGGUGCUGUAAUUGGUUUUCUAUUCAGUAUAUACAACUUGACAAGAUAUUUUCUGGUCUGUUAAAGGGACUAUGAACCCAAAAUUUUUCUUUUGUGAUUCAGAUAGA